GCGGGCUAGCGGCUAGGCCCCCCUCUCUCUGUCUCGCCACCAGUUCAUCACCCUCGCUCGCCUCUCUCUCUCCCUCUCACCAUCUUUCCUCUCUUUCACGCGCAUCGUAAAGGGCAAAAUGGUGAUGGCUCAGAAGACGAAGGAGGCGGAGAUCACGGAACAGGAUUCGCUGCUGCUAACUAGGAAUUUGCUUCGGAUUGCUAUAUACAACAUCAGCUACAUCAGAGGCCUAUUCCCUGAGAAGUACUUCAAUGAUAAGUCUGUUCCGGCACUAGAGAUGAAGAUUAAGAAGCUGAUGCCCAUGGAUGCUGAGUCUAGGAGGUUGAUUGAUUGGAUGGAGAAAGGUGUCUAUGAUGCCUUACAAAAGAAAUAUCUUAAGACCCUUCUCUUCUGUAUAUGUGAGAAGGAGGAAGGCCCGAUGAUUGAGGAGUAUGCCUUCUCAUUUAGCUACCCCAACUCAAAUAGCGAGGAAGUUGCAAUGAACCUGAGUCGCACAGGGAACAAGAAGAAUAGUGCUACAUUCAAGUCAAAUGCAUCAGAAGUCACUCCUGAUCAGAUGAGGAGCUCUGCUUGUAAGAUGAUCAGAACGCUGGUUUCACUUAUGAGGACCUUGGACCAAAUGCCAGAGGAGCGAACCAUUCUAAUGAAGCUGCUAUACUACGAUGAUGCCACACCUGAGGAUUACGAGCCUCCCUUUUUUAAGGGUUGUGCUGAUAAUGAAGCCAUAAAUAUAUGGAACAAGAACCCGUUGAAGAUGGAAGUGGGGAAUGUUAAUAGCAAGCAUCUUGUAUUAGCUUUGAAGGUUAAGAGUGUCCUUGACCCAUGUGAAGCUAACAUUGUUAACAGUGAAGAUGACAACAUGAGCUUGGGUAAUGAGUCUGACCAUGAUGAUGAUUUUUCUGACACUGAGGUUCGCCCAUCUGAUGUGGAUCGUUAUGUUGUUGCUCCUAUUGAUGGAAAUGGCAAGGGUCAAAGUGGCACAAUCUCAGAAGAUGAUACUCAAGACGCUGCUCAUGAGGAAGAGCUAACAGCUCAAGUAAGGGAAUGGAUAUGCUCAAGAGACAUUGGAACUGUUAAUGCAUCUGAUGUUCUUUCUAAUUUCCCUGACAUAUCAAUGGAAAUGGUGGAAGAUAUUAUGGAGAGGCUACUUAGAGAUGGUUUACUAUCCAGGACAAACAAGGAUGGUUAUGCUGUUAACAAGAUUACUGAUCCCAAAACGCCGCAUAUAAAGAAAGAGGUCACCAUGCAACAUGUUUCACCAACAGAAGGAACCAAAAACAAUAAUAGAGAUCUGAUGUAUAUGAAGGCAUUAUAUCACGCACUUCCAAUGGAUUAUGUGACUAUAGCCAAGCUUCAGGGCAAGCUAGAUGGGGAAGCUAACCAGAACACUGUACGGAAAUUAAUUGACAAAAUGGUGCAAGAUGGAUACAUUAAGAAUUCAAGCAACCGAAGAUUAGGCAAAGCUGUCAUUCACUCUGAAGCCACCAACAGAAAGCUCCUUGAGAUAAAAAAGAUACUGGAAGUUAAUAUAGGCGACGAACAAAUGGCCAUUGAUACCAACACAGGGGCUGCUGAGUUUGAUCGCAAAGACCACUUGACUGACCAUGAAAUGAAAGACGGUUCGACAGUCGGCUGCUUCCACUCAGUCGGAUCUGAUCUUACCCGCACUCAGGAGCUGCCAGAGCAGCAGCAGAAUGUGUCCAUGCAAAGUGGGCAAGGCCCUUCAGCGACUGACAAGGGGACUCCCACUAGCAUGCGUGAGCCGGCCACGUCCCUGGAGAGUGGAGUGCUCGGGCAGAGGAUCAGAAAAUCUUUGACUGGCAGGGACGAUUCCCAGUUCACCCAGGAGAAGCGAUCCAGGAAGACCAGCACGGUGAAGGAGCCGAUCCUCCAGUACGGCCGGCGCCACCGCUACUUUCACGCCCACCGCGCCGCCCUCGCCUCCGUGCUCUCCGGCUUCCGCUGCAAGCUCUCCGACCUCCGCCGAGCCCUCCUCCGCCCCACCGUCCCUCCCCAGCGCUCUCGCCUCUGGUGCCCCUUCUGCUCCGCCGACCUCAUCGACGUCGACAGCCGCUUCGCUUGUAGCAAUGCAAUUUACCAUCUUGCAAGCGAGGAGCAUCUGAAGGGCACCAAGGAUUUCCUGCGGAAGCACGGGGGCGGGAUGGAUCAGGUGGAUUCGUUGAGGAUUACAGAGGACGAGAUUGCAAAGUGGGAAAAGGGCUGUGAGUCCUCAAGCAUGGAAGCACGAAAAUUGACUCAGGGGCUGAUUGGACCAUCUCUGGGGCCGCCGAAAGAUAUCCAAAAUGAAUCUACCUCUCAAAUUUUGGAUAAUUUUGCAGAAACUGAUGUCCCAUCUUUUAGUAACAUUGCAUCCUGUGUUGUUAUGCCUUUACAAAGUCCUACCAAUGGGGCCUAUCACCCCACUAGUACAGCGUGUUAUGGAUCUUCCGCUUCUGAAAGUGUAGUGUGUUCUGCUCCAUUUGGGACUUCCGGACUGCCUGUCAAACCCUGGGGAUUCAUCGCAACACAUGGACAUCAGGGAAUGCCGAGUACAAACAUGUUUCAUAGAGCUGAUGCACAAACGGAAGGUGCUCAAUCUACUAUCCUCAGAAAUGGCCCGAACCCAUCGGUUUCUUCUUCUGUACAUGUCAAACAGAGCCACUCUGGAGGGAAUUUCAAUCAGGGCCUGAAAGCAAAUGUGCAUACUGGUGCUCCUCCUCCUUGGUUAGAAGCUAGUGAGCAUGAACCAAGGAACAUGUCACUCGCCAGCUAUGCUCUUCCAUCUUCUGGGAAAGGAAAAUCGAGAAAACUUAACCCAAAGCGUGUUGGUGCUGCAUGGGCAGAGAGAAGAAGAGCUGAAAUGGAAUUGGAAAAGCAAGGCAAACUUGUUCCGGACACGUCUGAUUCAAAUUGGCUCCCUAAUUUUGGUAGUGUCUGGCAAUCUGGCUCAAGAAAGGAAUCCAGGAAAGAGUUUGAACAAAAUCAUAAGCUUCACGAGAAGAACAAUCCUGAGUUAUCCCCUGAGAUAAAACCGUAUAUCAGCAAAAGGAUGCGUGUAGGCUCUAAUAAAGAUGGACAACCUGACAGCACUGUAGAAUAGUGAGGAGCUGUACACUGUCUUGCCAGAUGCUUUAUGAUUGUGGUCACGGUUUUCUGUACAACUUCUGCUACGGUACAGCGGGUUGCCUUUUCUGUCUAACACUCUGGAUCGCGGCGGAUGGCGGGAAGGUGGAUGUUUUAGGCACGUGGCUGAAGAGACCGUCUGCAGGGUUAACAGCAUGUGCAAUGCCGAGCCAAGCAACCCCAGUAAAGAAAAGGCGGGAUUCAUUCUAAGAUGAGUUGUCUCGUAAAGCCUUUGCAGAAUGUUGUUGGUCCCGCAGCGUUCAUGCUCAGUGUGCAUCUGCUCCUGGUGAUAACAGAGGGAGCCUGUGUGAUAUGGUCCUAGCUACAAUGUUGACUUUGUAGUUUCAAUUUGGCUGCUGAUUUGUACCUCAUGGAUUAGCUUUUCUGAUGUCAUGUAAAGAAACCGAUCCAAUUAAUUAACUAGCAUUGCUGUUCAGAGACUGCGACUGGCCUUCCGAUAUUUGACAGAAUGAUGGGAAAUAAUCCAAACGUGAAGAAUC